AUAUUAUAGGAGUCCAAUUCAAGUAAAUUUAAUGAUCCUAUUUGUCACAUGUGAAAUUCUCCGUAUGAUGCACCCAUGAAACAUAUAUGCAUUAUAUGCCAUCAUGUGUGUUGGAUUAUGGUGCUAUAUCUUAUUUUCGUUCUUAUGUGAUAUUAUCUUUUUUGAUGAUAUAGGCAGACAUAUUGUUGCGAGGAUACUAUGGUUGGAACUCAAGACGUGCUAUGCAGGUUCUUGAUCAAAUUUUUCCGAAGGAUGCAGCUACUCAGCCUUCUCUGGUGAUUGUUUACUUUGGCGGGAAUGAUUCACUGGGGCCUCACUCAUCUGGUUUAGGUCCUCACGUUCCACUUCCCGAAUAUAUUGAAAACAUGAGAAAGAUCGCACUUCAUCUCAAGAGCCUUUCAAACACAACGCGUGUAAUUUUCCUUAGUUGUCCACCUGUCAAUGAGGCCGAAGUUCAAGAAAACACAAGAAACAGUAAAAUUUUUAGUGAGCUAGUGCGAACAAAUGAAUUAUGCCAAAGUUAUUCAGAAGCUUGUGUAGAGUUGUGCCAGGAGAUGGGUGUGAAGGUUGUUGAUCUUUGGACUGCAAUUCAGCAACGAGAUGAUUGGUCAACUGCUUGCUUUACGGAUGGGGUUCAUUUAUCUGCAGAGGGGAGCAAAGUAGUGGUUGAGCAGAUACUAAAGGUGCUCAACGAAGCAGAGUGGGAGCCAUGUCUACACUGGAAGUCCAUGCCCACUGAAUUUGGUGAGGAUUCGCCACACUACUGAGUUGCUAAUCGAUUAUAAAUCCAUCAGAAUGGACCUUUUACAAGGAAAUAUAAUGGGACUAGGCUGCAGAGAAAUUUUUCGUCUGCAUGCCCCAUUCCAUUGGCAGAAGUUUGAAUUUCUCAAUGCAUGGUAAGUGCACAAAGCAAGUUAAUCAUCACUUAAGUGUGCCUUGGUAUCUUGUAAGUUAUUAUUCAUGUUAUAUUAUGACAACAAAGCAAGUUAAUCAUCCCGGUAUAGCCUCGAAAAUUGUAUUGUAACUCUUGUAGUUGAAUCAUCUGGUUGAAUUAUCUGUUUGCUCUA